UCCGAAGCCCCGCGGGUCAGUCCGCGCCUCGUAUCAUAUUCACAACCGCAAAGCGCAUGGCAAAGUGGCCAGCGACCACUGAUGUCUCCUAUGCUCGCGAGUUAUCAGGUCGUUCGCAAAUCGCGACCGUGAUCUGCCUUCCCGUCCUCCGCCGCUCCAUAUUAAAGCGCAAGCUGCAAGACCCAACCGAGAGUAGACUCGCUAGUAGCCAAGGCAAGUCACGAGCUCACGCACGCGUUUCUUGGUGAGGAGGAAUCGGCCGAAUUGUUUCACCAGAGCGCAGUAGUAAGCUUUAAGCAAGGCAUGUCGUGGUCGGAGACGGACGCCGCGCUGUUCGCGUCGGUGCUGGGGCGGGACGCCGCGCACCACCUGGCCACCACACCGCCGCACCUCGACGGGCCGGCAGCGCCCGAGCUCCAGGCGCGCCUGCACGACCUCGUCGAGCGUGGCGGCGCGUGGACGUACGGCAUCUUCUGGCAGGAGUCACGCGCCGGCGCCAGCGGCCGCGCAGUGCUCGGGUGGGGCGACGGGCACUGCCGCGACGGCGGGGCCCCGCACGAAGCCGCCGGGGAAGCCGGAGGCGCGGAGAGGAGCGUGGCGCGGAAGCGCGUGCUGCUGCGGCUGCACGCGCUCUACGGCGGCGGGGACGACGAGGGCGCCGACUACGCGCUCCGGCUCGACCGGGUCACCGGCGCCGAGAUGUACUUCCUGGCGUCCAUGUACUUCUCGUUCCCGGAGGGCGCGGGCGGGCCUGGCCGCGCGCUGGCCUCAGGACGCCACGUCUGGGCCACCGUGGACUCCCACCCGCUCGCCGCCGCGCCCGGGUGGUACGUCCGUGCGUCUCUGGCACGGUCUGCGGGCCUCCGCACCGUCGUGUUCCUCCCGUGCAAGGGUGGCGUUCUCGAGCUCGGCUCCGUCGCGGCCAUCUCCAAUACCCCCGAAGCUCUGAGCGCCAUCAAAUCUGCCUUCGCCGUUCAACCCGCGGCGCCUGAGGAAUGCAUGAGAAUCUUCGGCAAGAACCUGUCGCCCGGCAGACAAACGCCGUCAGUGCAGACCACGGGACUCAACACCAAUUGGGCGAAGCGGCUCGGUGGCCAAGCCACGCCGUCCGCCCCAGCCAAAAAAGAGAUGGCCAAACCGAAGCCCCCGGAGGCGCUCACUAGCCAGGCGGUUGGCGAGGGGCGGAGGCCGCAGAAGCGUGGGCGGAAGCCGGCGAACGGGCGGGAGGAGCCGCUGAACCACGUGGAGGCGGAGCGGCAGCGGCGAGAGAAGCUGAACCAGCGGUUCUACGCUCUGCGUGCCGUGGUCCCCAAGAUCUCCAAGAUGGACAAGGCGUCGCUGCUCAGCGACGCCAUCGCGUACAUCCAGGAGCUGGAGGACCGGCUCCGCGGAGGCGGCGCGGCGGGGGACCCUGCGCGCGCGGAGAGCCCGGCCGUCGAGGUGAAGGCAAUGCAGGACGAGGUGAUGCUGCGGGUGACCACGCCCCUGUACGCGCACCCCGUCUCCACGGUCUUCCACGCCAUCAGAGACGCCCAGCUCAGCGUCGUGGCGUCGGACGUGGCGGUGGCGGACGACGCCGUCACGCACACGCUCAUGCUGCGGUCGGCCGGGCCCGAGCGGCUGACGGCGGAGAUGGUGCUAGCCGCGAUGUCACGGGGGAUGAGCGGCACCACCCCCUCCCCGUGACUGUUUGAUUGUAAGUCGUAGCAGUACUCACCUCGUGCGUGCAACUGCCAACAACUGUUAGUGCUAGUUUUUCCUCGUGACUGCAUGCCACGUGGCAAUCCCCCUCUAAGAAAUGCAAUGCCGGGGCAGAGCCUUUUACUGUAGCAAUAUGACCUUGCGCUUUUAUAGUUAAAAGUAUACAAUAUUAAGAUAUAAAAUUUUAGAUACCUAUAAACUUUUCUAGAAAGAACGCAAGGUCAAAAUACUACAGUAAAAAUUGAUGACAAGUAAACAAAAAUAGAGGUAGUAAUUUAUAUAUUUAGAUAGAUCAUAAGUUGUAUGUACAUAAAUUAAGCCAGAGUUAACUGUUUGUGCUUUGUUUUUUAGACGCUGUACCAACAUCGUAGUUAACUUGACAGUGUUGUUGUUUUCA